CGUUUGCACGUCCUCUCCCGUUAAUGCGGCAGUCUUUAAGUACAAGCACAGACGACCAGUUUGGAUUUGCAUUAGUUAAAGAAGAAAUUAAUGAAGCUCUGCUGAAGAAUGACCAACGAGCAGCUGCUGCAAAGAUCACUAAGUUAAUGAUGAAGGAGAAAAACAUCACACUAAAUAUCGCCAUCACAGGAGAAGCUGGGGCUGGUAAAUCCACCUUUGUUAACGCCCUCAGAGGACUAUGUGAUGAUGAUGAGGGAGCUGCUCCUACUGGUGUUACAGAAACCACCAUGGAGGUCACACCGUACCCCCAUCCAAACUAUCCCAAUGUUAUGUUGUGGGAUCUCCCUGGGAUUGGCAGCACCAAGUUUCCAGCUGAUAAGUACCUGGAGCUUGUUGGAUUUGAGAAGUUUGACUUCUUCAUCAUCAUCUCAGACACUCGCUUCACGAAAAAUGACGUGAAACUGGCUCAGGAGAUUCAGAGGAUGAAGAAAAAGUUCUACUUUGUUCGAUCAAAGAUUGACAACGAUAUAAAUGCUGAGAGAAGAAAGAGAGACUUCAGUGAAGAGAGGACUCUGACAAAGAUCAGAGACGACUACGUUAAAGUGCUCUGGCUCCGCCCCUUCUAUCGUGGGCACGUCCAGGUGUGUUUGUACCUGCGAGAACUGGACGCUGUCAGAGAGCUCCACAGUCUGGGAGCAGAGCAGCUGAAAGCUCUGCUUCCCAUGGUGCUGAGGCAGAAAGAUGGCACAGCAAGCUGGAUAGAAGAAGCAGCUCGAAGUGAGCGGGUGGAAGAGAUGGUGCUUAACAGCUCAGAAAGGAGGGGUUCUGCUGAUAAUGCGGGCGGCAGAGUUUUGAACCAGUUGAAGAUUAUGGAGGGAUUUUUGGGGGAGACCAUGCAAGAGAGAAUUACAAUAAUCACUGUGGGAGGUAACGAGACUGUGGACAAGAAUGGACGUAGACUGGGUGGAAAGAGAAGGACGUAA